ACCUGCGAGUUUGAACAGAGCCUUGACUGAAAACUCACCAGUCCUUCGAUCUGCUACAAGUCAGUGUUUGAUAAAGCCUGCUGCACACUGGAGUUUCAGCUCUCGACAAAAUGACAGAUUUAACAGUUACAGGUGAUAAAAGGUGGGGAUGAAACCAGAGGUCAAGCUUUGGAAGCCAGGAGAGCUGAGGGGUCUGGAGGGGGGCUCCUGGAAGAACAAGCCGUGCUGUCAUGUCUAGGCAACAUUAAGCAGCCAUGAUGAUGGUGUCAAUUUCUGGCAGCACAGACGACCGGGCCUCUUGGACAGGAAUGUUGUCGUGCACCUCCUACUAUUCAGAUAAAUACAUAAAGGGUAGAUAUGUAGUGUGAUGGGCAGAGGGCGUUGACAAGAAGAGAAAAACCAGCAAGAAGCUACCAUCCGCUCUCAGCAUGUCCAAGCCGGAGGAGCAGCUUGUUCAGGAGCUGAGUUGCCCCAUCUGCCUUCAGCUCUUCUCCGACCCAGUGGUUCUCCCCUGUGGGCACAACUACUGCCAAGCCUGCAUCUGCAAGACCGUAGCCAUGACGGACGAGUGUGGCAAAACGCUCCCACGUUGCCCGGAGUGUCGAGAGGAAUAUGAGGGCAUAGGCUCCCUCCAGAGAAACUUCAAACUCUGCAACAUCAUUGAGGGUUACCAAGCCGCCAUACCGAAUCUGGAAAAGCAGCACGACACUCAUUCCCCGGCCGUGCAAGUUGUCUGCGAAUACUGCAUCGACCAGCCAGUGUUGGCUGUGAAGUCCUGCCUGAAGUGUGAGGUGUCCCUGUGCUCCAGGCACCUUCAGAAACACCAUGAGAAGGAGUCAUUCAGGACGCACUCCGUGGUGGAGCCUCUGAAAGAGCUGGGGAUGAAGAGCUGCACCGUCCACCAGCAGCCACUGGAGUACUUCUGCUCCAAUGACAUGACCUCACUGUGCAGCACAUGCUUCCUACAGGGCUAUCACCAGAACCAUGAUGUACUCACCUUCAGCGUGGCCGAAGAAGAAAUGAGGCGGGCACUGGCGAGCCGCAAUAAGCUUGUGUCCUGCAGGCUGCAGAUGGCCGAGAUCCUCCUUCAGAAAACUGCAGAGGAGCAGGGAGCCUCCGAAGCCAUAGGUGACAAACUGAUCAACAAGGCUGUCACACUCAUGGACAGUAUGGCUGCCGUCAUGGACAGGUACAGGGAGCGUCUGCGUAUGCUUUUGGAGGAGGAGAGAGGCCAGCGCAGGAAAAGCUGGCAGCAAGGAGUGAUUGCAUUGGAAGAGCAACAGCAGCAGUUACUGGAUGCACAGCAAAGGGCAACAGAAGCCCUGAGUGAGACUGACACAUGUGUCUUCAUACACAGGUUCCUGCUGAUUGAAGAUCAGCUGAGAAAGGUUGUGGAAAUCACCCUCCCCUCCGCAAUCCCAUCAAAGGCACCGCUCAACACCAGGCGUCUCCAGACAGGCCUCAAAACCCAAGACUUCCGCUCCGAGAUGAUCCGCUUCAUGGAUUCUCUUCACAUCAUCCUCAACCCGCUGGAACUCACCUUCAACAUCUACACUGCCCAUCCCAGCUUGAUCGUGUCCAAUGAUCUGCGCACGGUCAAGUACAGCUCCAGCAAGCAGACAUACCCAGAUCACACGGAGCGUUUCACAAGUGCACCACAGGUUCUGUGCAGCCAAGGUUUCUCAAGUGGUGAGCACGUAUGGGUGGUGGAGGUGGGGGCCAACAGCAUGUGGUCACUGGGCGUGUGUUACAAGAGCAUCCCGCGCCGCGGUGACCACAGUCGUCUGGGACACAACUCUGUGUCCUGGCGAUUGCAGUGGAAAAACGGUAAGCUGACAGUGUGCCAGUCCUCGUCUAAUGUGGCUCUGGGGGAAAUUACUACCCAUCCGCUGAGGAUUGAGGUAGCGUUAGACUAUGAGGGUGGUACGUUAUCGUUCCACAGCACCAAAGGGCGCAGGGAUCACCUGCAUACCUUCAGGGCAGUGUUCAGGGAGCCGGUUUACCCAGCAUUCAGUAUUCACUCAAACACAACAGAGUCCUGGAUCACUCUGCACAGUGGGAUGUGAAAUCUAAUUUAAAAAAAUACUUUUCUUGCAUAUUUGUCUGUUCAACCAAGUAAACUGGCCUCAAGUGGAGGAAGCAACAAAAGUACAAAUAAAUAGACUAAAAGUAAAAGUUAAAAUAACACAGUAAUUGUUCUACUUGAGUGAAAGUAAGUGUUGUUAAUUGUAGUUAAAGUAUUUAUGUAAAAGUACUUGCAAAGUGAAGCCUGUUGUCUAAUGCAACACACAACUACAUCGUUAUGGUUGAGUCUCGGCCUCUUCCAGAUCUACUGUAUGCUGGACGUUGGUUCACCAGUGAUGCAACCGCUGCAGUGGGCGGGGUCUAAUGUGUAUGCGCACUCUCAUUGGAUCAGUUCCCCUCUUGUUAUUGAUUACUUUAAAUCAUUUAAACACCCAAUAUUAACUUGUAACACAAUAAACUUUAAAAAUGUUGUAGGAAGAACAGACAUUUGCUGAUAUAUGGAGUAAAAGUGAAAAGUCCCUGAAAAUAAAUCUACUCAAGUAAUGCACAGAUAUGUUAAAAACUACAUAAGUAAAUGAUUAUAAACCAUUUUGGAUUUUCUGCUUCCUUUCAAAUCUGCAUGGAAAUAUUUAUAAAAUGUAAAGUCCUGCUACAAAUGUUUAUUAUUUUUAUUUGUACUUUUAAUGUGACUUUCUUAAUUAGUAAUAAGCUUAGAAAUGUGAUAUUCCGCAGCUGUGUAAUCCAAGAUUUUAUGAUGCUAUGCUAAUAUAAAGGGUUUAUUUACUACUAGGCAUGACUGCAUUACAAAAAAUGUACUAAUCGUGAGAUAAUUUGUUUACAAUAGUUGUAUUUCUUUCUCAUGAUCAGGAUUCUUUUUGUGGAGUAUGUAUGCUAUCUAGAUCCUGAUUCUAAAUCCUCUACCACGUUACAGUAAACACCUCUUUCUAAAUUACUCAGGGCUAAGUAAUUACAGACUUAUAUUUAAUUGACCUUUCCCAGGUAAAUUUCUAUGGAAAAUGAUGUUUGUUUAGCAAAUAACAGAAUUUAGAAAAGCAAACCGCAGCGCUGAGCUUUGUAAAUGACCUGAGAAUCAGAGUGGAUGUAUUAAAUGUAUGAAUUCUCUGUCAUAUUUCAGUGCAGCUUUGAUAUGAUCGACUUGAGAAAUGGGUUUACUUGGAUGCUCGUGAUCUAUGUAAUUGCUGUUGUUUUUUCAUGAUUUAUGCUUUCACUGGGAACCAGUCACUAUGUUAGUUGCUGACAACACACAGCUUUUUUACCAGAUAACCUCAGUACACCGGAUGCUCUUAUUGCCUGCCUCAUGGACAUGAAUGAAUGAAUGGGUAAAAGCUUUUUAAAUCUAAAUGAGGAUAUAACAAAACAGAGAAAGGAAACUUGUAAUAGGCCCCCCAACAGCAUUACUCUAUGUUUGAUUGUCUCAGCAAAUUGAUUAAAACACAUGUCACAAAUGAGGAGUGAUAAUCAACUCUUGUUUUGUUUCUCAUUCGAACAAGGUCAUUAAAAUAUUAUUUUUUAAAUUCUUCAAGUCAGAUUUUUUAGAACCUUAGAUUCUCCAAACUAAUUCAGAAUAUCAUCUGUAUCGUUUAGAAUAGAUUUUAAAGUAUUCAUUUGUUGAUCUUAGUCUUCCCAACAUCUUUCCUUUUAUAAUGAUUAAUGCUCUAACUGAAGAAAAACCUAAAUGGCUGACAGAUAUGGGGCGCUGUUUAUUGUUGCAUUUUAAUAAUAUCCAUGGUACAAUAUGUUAAAAGUCUUUGCAAUGAAUUGUCAAAUGCUGUUUUCAUUUUAAAAUCAUAAUACGAUUUCAUUUAGAUUUUUGCAUUUACUAUUAAAAAUCGAGUUACAUUAUUUACACUUCAUCUUAAUUUUGAAAUUUGAGUUAAUGUUUGAUUAAUUGCCACUGCAAGACUUGGAAAAUCAAAUGUCACAGUUACUCCUUUUUGUAUGGUCACAGAACACGUGAAAAUAAA